AUGCGCAAGUCAACCCAGGCCCCAAAGGCAACCCAGCCCGGCACAGGCAGCACCUCCAAAGUCGCACCCAUCUUCGCUCCUCGCGCCAAGCCUGAUCCCACCCCUUCCGCCACUACCUCUCAUGCCGCUCCCUCUCAAUCCCUCCAAACCCCGCACAUAAGCAGAAAGCGCACGCAGGAUGAUACACCCUCUGGUCCUUCUGCGAAGCGAACGCGCACGGGCGUGUCGAACCUGCAAGCAGCUGCGCCGCUGGCGGAGAAGUUACGCCCGAGCACGCUGGCCGAGUUUGUUGGGCAGGCGCACCUCACUGCGUCGGAUUCGCUGCUCAUGAGCACGAUCAGCAAUGGUGCUGCAGGAAGUAUGAUCUUCUGGGGACCCCCUGGGUGUGGGAAGACCACGCUCGCUCGGCUAAUAGCCAAGCAUACGGGUUCGAUAUUCCGGGAGUUGAGUGCGACGGAAGCAGGGAUCAAGGACGUCCGUGCAGUUUUCGAAGAGGCGAAGAACACCCUGAUGCUCACUGGAAGGAAAAGUGUCCUCUUCCUUGAUGAGAUUCAUCGCUUCAACAAGGCACAGCAGGAUAUAUUUCUACCCUACGUCGAGCAAGGCUACAUUCAGUUGAUAGGCGCUACGACAGAGAAUCCUUCGUUCAAGCUGGUGUCGCCCUUGUUGAGCCGAUGCAGGGUCUUCGUUCUGGAAAGGCUUACAGACGAUGACAUCAAGACGAUAAUCCAUCAUGCCAUUCAGCGAGCGGCUAAAGACGAUGAAGCAUAUUCGCAAACCCCAGACGAGCCGGAUAUGCUCGACUUAACGUCCUCGCAACCAGCAUCGUCUUCGCAGACAGCUGUGCCUUCUCAGGCAUCAAUGAACGAAACUGCGUUGGCUGCCUUUCCCCACAUCACGCCCAAAGUGACUUCGACAAUCGUCGCGCUCGCCGGCGGUGAUGCUCGGACCGCACUAUCCCUCCUCGAGCUCGUAUUGAGGGCGUCACCCAACAGCGAAGAGUCGACUCUCAUCAACAACCUGCGCAAGUCCGUCGUCGUCUCGUACGACCGCACGGGCGAGUCGCACUACGACAUGAUCUCCGCCCUUCACAAGAGCGUGCGAGGCAGCGACGGCAACGCAGCCAUGUACUGGCUCGCGCGCAUGCUCACCGCGGGCGAGGACCCCAUCUUCAUCGCGCGACGGAUGACGGUGUGCGCGUCAGAGGAUAUCGGGCUGGCGGACAACCACGCUCUGCCGCUGGCGAUUGCGACGAUGCAGGCCUGCCAGCUCAUCGGGAUGCCCGAGUGCCGCAUCAAUCUUGCGCACUUGGUAGCGUAUCUGGCGGAGGCACCCAAGUCGACGCGGUCGUACGAGGCGUACAAGAGGGCGGAGCAGCUGGCGAAGGAGGAGCCGACGCUGCCGGUGCCGAUGCAAGUGAGGAACGCACCGACGAAACUGAUGAAGGAGCUGGGGUAUGGGGACGAGUAUCGGUAUAACCCAGACUAUGCACAUCCGGUAGUAAAUACAUACGUACCGUUGGAGGUGGAGGGUCAGGAAAUUCUGAAAAAGGCAGGGGAUCUGUCGGGCAAGGAGUGGGAUGAGGAGGCGCUGCAGCGGUGGGAGAAGGAGGUGAACGGGGGCAAGGAAUGGGAGGGGCGGACAAUGAGGCGGGCGUGA